UUAAAGCAUCGGUGCCUUGUUUAGAAACUAAAAGGUUUAGGCAAAUACUAGGCCAUAAUGAACCCAAAGAAAAUAUCUCACCCUUAGCAGUUGUGUUAGUUGGAAUGCUCGAGGAAAAUAAGAAGCUAAACAUUAUAGUAUUUGUUGAAAAUAAGGUGAGAAAUAUCCAUUUGUCUCUGUUAUAUCACAGUGCACUGGUUGUGGUACAAAUCCCUUCACAUGCCCACUAGAAUGGAAGAAGCCCCAUCUGUUGUGAUGGAGAGAGCAGGAAAAAUCAUCAGGUUAUCAAUCUACACCUUUCUGAAAAACUUUCACUACUUCACCACCACCGCAGUUCUUCUUAUGCUACCUUUCUCUGCCUCAGUCCUCCUAUCACAAGCCCUUUUCCCUUCUUUUUCACCACCUUCCUCCAUCAUUCAUGCUCACUUCAAAUCCCUUUUCCAUGCUGCAGGAUUUCCUUCCUCUUGGCUAUUUGUUUCUCUUCUCAAUAUGAAUCUUUCUCAAACCAUUUUUGGCUAUUUCCUGAGUCUCCCUUUUAUACUCUCCUCCCUUAUCAUCGCUAAAGCGUCUAUAAUUCAAGCUCUAAGUGACCACAACCACAACCACAAACCUCCUUUUAUCUCUUUUAUGUCGCUUUACAAGCCUCUCCUGAUAACCCACCUCUGCAAUUUGAUCCUCAACAUGACUAUCAACAUGGCUGCCUUUAAUACCAUUAGAGCUUCUGUGUUCUUUUCCAACAAUCCCAUUUUUUUGCUUGUAAUCUCAACUGUUCUCUACUCCAUACUUGCCAACAUGGUGGUUGUAUGCAACUUAGCUUUAGUUGUGGCUGGGAUGGGGAGCUGCAACGGCUAUUUGGCCAUUCACAAGGCUCUUUUGCUUAGAAGGGGUACAAAUUCAACGGCUCUGUUGUUGUCUCUCCCUCUCAGUUGUGGUCUUGCUGCUAUUGAGGCCCUGUUCCGGUACCGGGUUGUAAGAGCUUAUCAUCACCCCCAUGGAAGGCCUGCUGCGUUUAUGGCCUUGGAGGGGCUGCUCGUUGGUUACUUGUAUUCACUCCUUGUUGUUCUUGAUACAAUUGCUUGUUGCUUGUUCUUCAAGAGCUGUAGAUCAAAUUUUUGGAUUGAUGAAGAAGAUCAAGACAGGCACUACCCUCCAAGAAAUUUGGACAAAGGAGGGGGAGACUCCGAGUUCUGAGGAGUCCAGGCAAAUGAGCCCUAUACCCCAAGCUGCCUGGAGGCCUAUCCGGACAGCGGACACCUCAAGACCCGAAGUCUCUUCUCUCAUUCCCGGCCAAUAUUCCCUAAAAUUCGAGCUGAAAAUUCUAGAGUCUAUUUUGUCAUUUUUGUGUAUGAUACUCUCACCUCUCAAGCAAUGUAUUUUUUAUUUUUUUUUGUUCUUUUGCUUGUUGUCAUUGUUAACUUUGUUAGUAGACGAUGUAAAAUGGGUCAAUUCAGCAGCCCCCACCAGUGUGUCAUGGGAAUGAGAGUCCAAAUCAACAAGAAAUUGAGCUGACUAUGGGACAGGUUUAGUGCAGAUCAGAUCACACACUACAACCACUCACAUUUUAAUCCAUUGUGGAGAAUGAGCUGAUUAUAGCGGAUUUGGAGACUAACAAUUUGCUCAACUAAGAAAUAAUGGCUCAGGUUGUGAGCUGAUCGAAAAACCCUAGUUAUGGGCUUGAGAAAUGGCUGACUCCACCAAGCCCGAGUCAAAGGCUAGGCAGCCUAGGCCCCUUUUAUGGCUCUUGGCUUUUGAAUUUUGAUAAUGA